AGCGCCCUCUUUUCAUCCCCACAUUGUCGGUGGUGGUGCAACUUUUUUGGUCGUGUCUAUCAGGACUCAUCCAACACCAGCAUCGUCAGCUAGAUCAAGUCAGAGUUAACAAAGUGCAUCAAAAUGCCUCCUAAGUUUGACCCUACUGCCAUUUUUGAAGUGUGUGUACGAGCUAUUGGCGGAGAAGUGCCAGCAACCUCAUCAUUAGCUCCCAAGAUCGGUCCUUUGGGUUUGUCACCAAAGAAAGUUGGUGAUGACAUUUCCAAAGGUACAACAGAGUGGAAAGGUUUGAAGAUCACAGUCAAGUUGAUCAUUCAGAACCGACAGGCAAAGGUCGAGGUCGUCCCGACUGCAGCAUCUCUCAUCAUCAAGGCUCUGAAAGAGCCCCCUCGAGACCGGAAGAAGGUGAAACAUGUGAAACACAGUGGAAAUCUCUCACUGGAAGACAUCCUGAAGAUUGCAAGACAGAUGAGACCUAGAAGUUUAGCCAAGAAUUUCUCCGGCACAGUCAAAGAAGUGCUAGGGACUGCCCAGUCUGUUGGUUGCCAAAUUGAACGCAGUCAUCCACAUACGAUAAUAGAGAAGAUAGAUAGUGGAGAAAUAGAGAUUCCAGAGGAGUAAAGUUACAGAAGAAGAAAGAUAAAUAAUGAAAGACACUUGUUUUCUAUUUAUUCUCAAUAAAUAGAAAUACAACAGG